AUGACGUCUAAUUACGGUGGUUAUCAUGAGCAAUACAGAUAUCCGUAUCCACCGUUACAGAAUACAAGCACGUAUGAUUCGCAUCCACCAGCACAGGACACGUAUCAACAACCUAUACAGAACCCGUAUCCACCACCAAAUUACCCUCCGUCAAACACACAUCCCGGCCCAUCAGGGCCCUCGACGUUUCUUGACAUAGAGCCUGAGACUAUAACUGGCGAGAAAAAAUUUCACUAUG